CGCCGCAACCCUUUCUCUUUGACCCCAAGAUCGCCACCUUUGAUGCUGUGUUGAGCAUUUUCUGUUUGUGAAAAAGUAAAAAUAUCAGUCAUGACUUUCAAGCUGCUCGAAGUUGAUCUUGCCAACGACUUUGAUCAAGUCAUUGAGUGUCAAUGGGCCUCUUACGAGAAGCCUUAUCAGCCUUUCUUCCGCCUCUUCUGUCCUCUUCUGGGUGACGGACCCUCCGCGAGGGAAGAGUCACUCAGGGAAUCUACCGCCCGCCAGCUGAUAUGGCAUGAUGGCGAUUCAACAAGUUACUGGGGCAAGGUCGUCAAUGACGAUGGCCUCAUUGUCGGCGCUUGUCUCUGGAAGAUAUGUCCGACCAACCCCUUUGAAGAUUACAACGCCCAUGAAGAUGCGGACUGGCACCCCGAAGGAGAGAGGAGAGAAUACGUCAGCAGGUGCUUAGAGCAGUUUGACCUACCAAGAAGCAAGAUGGGUGCUCGCCCACAGGUUUACCUCAACAUCCUCUACACGCACCCGGACUACCGCCGUCAAGGUGUCGCCGACAUGAUCCUCAACUGGGGCAAGAAAAAGGCCGACGAGAUGGGAGUCGAGAUGUGGCUGGACGCGACCGAGCUUGGUGUACCCGUUUAUAAGAAGCACGGCUUCACAGUUGUCAACGUCAACCAAUUGCAACCCGCCAAGGCGGAACCUGGCGAGGAGUGGAGGGAGAUUGAGAGGGAGCUGCAGCCCAUGACCUUUUGGCAGAUGUGGAGGCCUGCUGGUGGUGAUUAUAUAGAGGGCAAGUCUGUGAAGCCUUGGGAGUCUGACGCUUGGCAGAGUGAUAGCACUGAGGAAUAGGGUGUGGUGUCAGGUGGAGUGCAGAGUGAAUCAUAGCGUACAAAUUCAAGCAGUUUCCCUCCA